GAGAAGGAGGAGAAGAAAGCGCUUACCAACAUAGAAUCAUACUUGCGAAUACCAAGCCCAUGUGUUAAGGUGCUGAGCGCGCUGGACGGCGCCAAGACGCAGUUGUACCACUUCAGGGCGGUCGUCGUCGCCGGCAUGGGCUUCUUCACCGACGCCUACGACCUCUUCUGCAUCUCGCUCGUCACCAAGCUCCUCGGCCGCAUCUACUACGCCGACCCCUCCAGCCCCAACCCUGGAUCGCUGCCGCCCAACGUGGCCGCGGCCGUCAACGGCGUCGCGCUCUGCGGCACCCUCGCCGGCCAGCUCUUCUUCGGCUGGCUCGGCGACAGGCUCGGCCGGAAGAGCGUCUACGGCAUGACGCUCAUCCUCAUGGUCGUCUGCUCCGUCGCCUCCGGGCUCUCGUUCGGGCACACCCCGGCCAGCGUCAUGGCCACGCUCUGUUUCUUCCGCUUCUGGCUCGGCUUCGGCAUCGGCGGCGACUACCCUCUGUCCGCCACCAUCAUGUCCGAGUACGCCAACAAGAAGACGCGCGGAGCCUUCAUCGCGGCCGUCUUCGCAAUGCAGGGCUUCGGCAUCCUCGCCGGCGGCGUCGUCACGCUAGUCCUCUCCACGGUUUUCCGUAGCGCGUUCCCGGCGCCGGCGUACCAGACCGACGCCGCAGCGUCCACCGUGCCGCAGGCCGACUAUGUGUGGCGCAUCAUCCUCAUGCUCGGCGCGCUGCCUGCGGCGCUCACGUACUACUGGCGAACGAAGAUGCCGGAGACGGCGCGGUACACGGCGCUGGUCGCAAAGAACGCGAAGAAGGCCUCGCUGGACAUGUCCAAGGUGCUCCAGUCGGAGGUCGAGGCGGAGCCGGAGAAGCUGGACGAGAUCAUGGCCAGAGGCGAGGACUACGGCCUCUUGACGUCGCGGUUCGCCAAGCGCCACGGCCUCCACCUGCUCGGCACGGCGACGGCGUGGUUCCUGGUCGACGUCGCGUACUACAGCCAGAACCUGUUCCAGAAGGACAUCUUCGGCAGCAUUGGCUGGAUCCCCAAGGCGCGCACAAUGGACGCGCUCGAGGAGGUGUUCCGCAUCUCCCGCGCGCAGACGCUCAUCGCGCUCUGCGGCACCGUGCCGGGCUACUGGUUCACCGUGUUCCUCAUCGACGUCAUCGGAAGGUUCUGGAUCCAGCUCGUGGGGUUCGCCAUGAUGGCUGUUUUCAUGCUCGGCCUCGCGGUGCCGUACCACCACUGGACGACGCCGGGCAACCACGUCGGCUUCGUCGUCAUGUAUGGGCUCACCUUCUUCUUCGCCAACUUCGGGCCGAACGCGACGACGUUCAUCGUGCCGGCCGAGAUCUUCCCGGCGCGGCUCCGGUCGACCUGCCACGGCAUCUCCGCUGCGGCGGGGAAGGCCGGUGCCAUCAUCGGGGCGUUCGGGUUCCUCUACGCGGCACAGUCGCCGGACCCGGCGCACGUGGACGCCGGGUACAAGCCUGGGAUCGGCGUGCAGAAGGCGUUGUAUGUGCUCGCUGCGUGCAACCUCCUGGGGUUCUUGGUCACGUUCCUCGUGCCGGAGUCGAAAGGGAAGUCGCUCGAGGAGAUGUCCGGCGAGGCCGACGCCGAGGAAGGCAACGGCGCCAAUAACGUUCGCCCGUCGGGAGAGCAGCUGGUUUGA